AUGGGGCUCAGACUCCUCGCCCUCCUCUCACAGGUGAUGCUACUCUUACCACUCGCCCUGUGCAAUAAAAGCCUAAUCCAACUGAAUUAUCAAAUAAACACGUACCCAGGGGAAAGCGCAAAAUGGAAUCAGUUAGGACAAUUCGUACUGAACAAAAAUCAAAUUUUCAACACCUCAAAUGCCUAUGAACAAGAAAAGGAUAAACUCAUUGAACAAUUAAAGAGACCCAAUUUUGACUACGUCCUAUUUCAAUUAUGUGAUGACGCAGAUGAGAAGACAUGCAUACAGACAUAUGUAGGAAAAAAGAAAAUUCAAAACGUGGAUGAUUUUUUCUUACUUAUAGGAUUAAAUAAUAACUACUUACCCCAUAUUUUAAACUACAGAACGAGUGAAGAGUUAGAAGAAGACACGCAGAUAUUCUCCGGCAUGUUGGCCGUUAAAGUUUUGUCCGUGUCAGUACCCAUCACCGUGGCUAACUUAAAAACGGGGGAGAAUGCUGCCAAGUCAAAGAGCAAGCCGAAUGAGGAAGCUAAAAAGGAGAAGCCGAAAUCUUUUAUUCGCAAAUACUGGAUUUAUGUGGCCAUAUUUUUCUUAUCCUUGUCCAUAUCCAGACACUUCACGGAGGGUAUGCAGCAAGCGGGGGGACAGACGAGAGGGCCUGCUCCCAGUGGAUAG